CUUUUCUGUUUUUUUUCCUUCAAUUUUUCCAGCCAAGAUAAAUCAUUCUUUUACAUAUAUCAACAGAUUUAGAGAAAAUAUAUGGCAACUCUUCAAGCUUCAAGUUACUUGAGCUCAUCUUGUACUUCUGCUACUUCAUCUUCAUCUUCCCGAAGACGACCCAUUACAGCAAAAAUUAAUAUUCCCAAGAUUCGUACCAGCAAAAUCUCCAUCCCCAUGCUAAUAUCAGAUCAUGAACAAUUAAUUACCAGCAAUCCAAUGGAGGAACUAGUGCUCAGUCCUUCAAGAUUAUUAAGUGAUACAAAUAAUAUUGUCGAUGAUCUGCUGGUUAUAGAAAAGCUUUACGCUAUCAAAGAGGCGGUUGCAGAUAGAGUGGAGAUGCAUAGAAAUAUUGGAGAGCAGAGAAGCCAAUGGAACAGUAUGCUUUUGACAUCCAUUAAUGGGAUAACUCUUGCUGCUGCUACAAUGGCUGGCAUUGCGGCUAGCAGUAGUAGUGGUGAUCCUGUUUUGGGACUAAAAAUGUCAUCCACUAUGAUGUAUUUGGCUGCUACUGGUAUGUUGACGAUCAUCAACACGAUUCAACCAUCCCAGCUUGCUGAAGAACAAAGAAACGCAACAAGGCUUUUCCAAGAUCUAUAUAACCAAAUAGAAACUACUUUAUCAAUCGGUCACCCUUCUGCUAUUGAUGUGAAAGAAGCUAUGGACAAAGUAUUAGCUAUUGACAAGGCCUAUCCACUUCCUCUUCUUGGCGUAAUGCUAGAGAAAUUUCCAUCUUCAGUGGAACCUUCUGUUUGGUGGCCUCAACAACGUCGAAGACAGCUCAAAAGUCAUGUCAACGACAAUUGGAAUGGUAAACUGGAGGAGGAAAUGAAAGAAAUAAUGGGAGUUUUGGGUAGAAAAGACCAAGAAGAAUACAUAAGCCUAGGGGAAAAGGCCUUGAAAUUGAACAAGUUUUUAGCCAUGUCUGGUCCAUUGCUCACAGGCCUAGCAGCAAUUGGCUCGAUGUUUAUAGAAUCUAGUACUGCUUCUCAUGGAUAUAAUUGGGCAGCCAUGCUAGGAAUUGUUGGCGGUGCAUUGGCAAGUGUAGUUAACACAAUAGAGCAUGGUGGACAAGUUGGAAUGGUAUUCGAGAUGUAUAGGAGCAACGCUGGUUUCUUCCAGUACACGCAAGACUCUAUCGAAUCAAACUUGUCAGAAACAGAAAUGGACAGAAGAGAAAAUGGUGAAGUGUUUGAGAUGAAGGUGGCUUUGAAAUUAGGAAGGAGUUUAUCAGAUCUAAGAAAUCUUGCUGCUUCUUCUUUAUCAAAGGGAGAAGAAAUUGACGAGUUCGCAAGCAAGCUUUUUUAAGUAACUGUUAUU